AUGCUUGCUCUCUUUGAUGGAUAUCUUAUUGAACAAGGCUCUGACAGUGAAGGCUAUGCUUUACAUAAAGUACAAAGCUCUUCUGUCACAUACGGAAUCAAGUAUCUGGUUUCUGCUUGGCUCUCUUCAAUAUUCUAUAGUUAUCCCAAGAACUGGUCUUCUUCUGGUGAGACAUCCUUGAAUCCAAUGCACCAUGGGCUGUUUUCAUUCAAUUUCAGAAGAUCAUUUAUCACUCCACUUGCCAUCUUUUCUGAUGAUAUUUCUGGAAACCUUACAAAAACGCAUGGAAUGUACAGCAAUAUGCUAGUCAACUUCCCUGCAAUAUCAUACAGCAUGAGAAACAGACGCAAGAACAAUUUCUUUGUCACAGCCGUUUCUCAGCAAGCCAGAUUCAAGUUGACCCAUCUGAUGCCCAUUCAAGCCACAGAUCUAAAGGCACUAGAAAACGGUGUUGAUAUGUACUCAUCAACAUAUGACGAGACUAUCACUGUAUGUGCUUCCUUGCUCUUUAUCACAGCCAAUAAUGCCCAACAUACUGAACUUGUUGGCUUGAAGCAUUUGACAUCAAAUUUUCUGUGUAAAAGAUGCUACUCUCAAAACCUGUCCAGAUUUGGCUUUGACAACUUUGGUAUCUCCUUAUUUUAUCCUACAGAGAGUUUGAAUUUUGAAAAUCCGUUGAGGUAG